GCUGAGCGCCUGAAGAGCGCGUUGAAAACUUUAGCUCGACAGCGUUGACCGACCGCUUCAUCGCGUUGAGCAGGCUUUAUCUUGCUAUAAUGGAUAUAAAUCAACUAUCAUAGGUGAAUUUCACGGGGCCAGCAUCCAGGCGAAAAAUGGGGCCCGGCCAAGACAGCUUUCCACGAAGCCAACAGAACGGACUCAGCACACAUGACCGAGUAAAUCAAAUCUUGCAAGGCCAUAUACCGUCUCAGUUUAGUCGGGCUGCAUCGUCCAGCCGAGGGCGGCCAGGAGCGACGGGCGAGGCCUCGGGUUUGCCACUCGGCCCGCUGCUGGGGCCCUCGGGCCGCAGUCCAAAGCCCAGGAGCGCCAGCGUAGGACGACGGCCGGAGCUUGCAGCGGAGCUAGCACACGUGCUGGCGGAGGUGCAAAACCAGGGCCGGGUUCUGCAGAGCAUGAGCCCGCUCCUGGACAGGCACGCCAACGGAGGCGGUGGAGGGAGCGGCGCCGGAGGCAGCCGCACCGGCCGUGGCGGUGGCGGCGGCGGCGGCGGGGGCUCUGGAGCUGGGGCUGGAGCUGGAGGUGCAGGUGGCGGAGCCGCGGCGGCGGGAAGCAGCAUCCUGGGCGGGAUGGACAGCCUGUACGGCAAGCUGACCAUUCUGGGGGAGAGGCUGACGCCCAAGAAAGGCUCGCCAACGGCCGGCGCCGGCGGGGAUCGCGGCUACCUGCAUCGGUCUCAGUCCCAGCAACAGCAACAGCAACAUCAGCAGCACCAUCAACAGCAGCAGCCACAAGGGGCGGGCCUUCCCAGGGAUCUGUUCGGUGCGGUUCCCAACGGCGGCAGGCGCGCCAGCGCCGGCGCGGGCCUUGGGUCGUUCGACGGCGGCGCAGCUGGCGGCGGUGGAGCGCGGCUGGGUGCCGGCGUGGGGCUGGGCGCUGGCGGCUUCCGAGACCAGCUGGCGGCAGCGAAUGCGGGGCUCCUGCAGGGCCUGGCGCUGCAGCAGGACACCGCGCAGGGCGGUCGCGACCAGCGCACCUACUCCUCCUCCUCCAACGCCCCAUCCCUAGCAGGCGCCGCUGGGCUGCAGCUGCAGCCGCCCAGUGCCGCCGCGGGCGGCACCUCCGGCCGCGGCCUGCCGUCGCAGCAGCCCGGGCCCGGGCCCAACAGCGCCGGUGCUGGUGCUGGCGGCGGCAUUCUCAGCGGCGGUUACCUCGGGAUAGGCGGUGGCGCGGGGGGCAGCAACGUCGCCGGCGGCGGCGCGCCGCCCAGAAGCUCUGGCCUAGCCUACUCGGCCGCAGGGCUGCGCGCGUCCGCCGCCCCUGCUCACAACGGCUCCGGCGGCGGCGUCGGCGGCGCUGCUGGCAGCGGUGCCGGGUCGAGCGGUGGCGGCGGCGCCGCCGGCGGCGGCGGCGGCUCUGGAGCGGGUGCGGCGGCUAGUGCGGCCAUGACGGCGCACAUGAUCCUGGCCAACCGCCGCAUGACUCAGUCUGACAUUGCCAGCGCGGACCGGCAGCUGCAGGACCUGCAAUCCAAGAUCCAAGGAACCACCUCGGGCGCACUCAUGCUGCACCACCACGCGGGCGCAGGGGCGGGGGCGGGGGCGGGGGCGGGGGCGGGGUCCGGCGGCGGUGCGGGUGCGGGUGCGGGUGCAGGCAUGGGGCCAGGCAUCGGUUUCGGUGGCGGGGGCGCGCCGGCGCUUGCAGGGGAAGGCUCGUACGGCCGGCUUGGAGGCGGCGGCGGGGGCGCAGCGGCCGCGGGGCCUGGCGGCGUGCAGCAGUCCUCACGCACUGGCAGCGGCAUGCUGCCCACCUUCCUUGCCAGCCUCGCGGAGGCCUUGCCGCCGCCGCAGACGCCCAUUGGGCCCGGGCGGGGGACAGAGGCCGGAGCCGGCGGGAGCGGUGGCGGGGGUGGGGCCGGUGGGUAUGCCGCGGCGGCGGCGUCGCCGGCACUGGGGCCGCAAGACGUCGCGGCGCGCGAGGCGGACCUGUGGCGCCGCAUGAGCGCGCACCAUCGCGCGCUGCAGCCCGCGCAACCGGCGCAACAACAACCGGCGCAACAGCAGCAGCAGCAGCAGCAGCAGCAGCCAUACUCGGCUGCAGGGCAGCCGCUGACGGGUGGUGGCUCCCGCAGGCUUAGCGGCGCCGGCGCGGCGGCGGGGCCUGAGGCGGCGGCGGCGGCGGCCGGUGCGGUGCCGUCGCCGCUUCAGAACCUGGCAGUGGAGCUGGGGUUGCGGCUGGAACGGCUGGGGGACGCCAGCGACCACGUGACACGGGUUGCGUUGGCGGCUGAGUCAUCUGGCGGCAGCGGCGUCGGCGCCGGCAAUAAUGUGGUUGGCGGCGGCGUAGGCGACGCAGGGGCAUGGGGGGGCCUAGGCUACCCGACCUCCUCGGUAGCGGCUACCGGUGGCGCGGGCGCGGGCAGCUCACGAUGGGCGGAGGGAGGCGGCGUGGGCUCGCACAGCGGCGCCGGGCGCAGCAGCGGCGGCGGCGGCGGUGGCGGUGCCGCCGCCGGCGCUCUCGGAGUGGGCUCCUCAGCGGCACGGCUGCUGACGCCAGCUCUGGCGGCGGCGUCGGGGGCAGGCCGCGAUGGCCGCGGGAGCAGCGCCGGAGGAGGCGGUGCCAGUGGCGGCGGCGGCGGCGACGGGUUCGCUCCUGCGCUGCGGCAAGCGUGGGGUGAGGGCGGAGCCACUGCCUCUGCUUCCAGUGGCGCCGGCGCGUACGAGAUGGACCGGAGUCGCGGCGGCAGCGGCGCUGGCAGCGGUGGCGGCGGUACCGGUGCUGCUGCUCCUCAGGCCGAGGAGGGCGUACACAUGGCUUUGUUUCGGCAGCAACAAGAGCGCGAACGUGCGCGGCGGGACGAGGCGGCGGCGGCUGAGGCGGCGGCUCGGGGGGCGGCGGCGGCGCAGCAUGCGGCGGGUGCGGAGGCGCGCUAUGCCGCCCUGAUGAACCAGUUCCUGUCGGUGAAGGAGCAACUGGAGGCCGUGAAGUCGGAGCAGGACCGCGCGGUGCGGGAGGGCUGCGCGGGCUGCGCCCGCCUUCGCGAGCAGCAGGUGCAGGCGCACGACGCUGCAGCCAACGCCGCGGCCCAAUUGCGAGAGGUGCAGACCCAGCUGCAGGAGUCACGGGCCCGCGAGGACCUGGUGCAGCAGCAGCUGCGCAGCGCACACGAGUCGGCCUCGGAGCACGCAACCGCCGGCGCCAGACUGCGUGGAGCCAUGGAGAACGCGCUCACGGAGCUCCUGACCAUGGUAACGGCGGCGGCUGGAAGCUCAGGCGCCGGCACAGCACGGUCCGCACACGCCGGCACCAGCGGCGGCAGCGGCCUGGAGGGGCUGCUGGAGGCGCUGCGGGCAGAGGUGCGGCAGCAGGCGGAGGCGGCGCGGCGGCAGCGGGAAUUGCUGGAGACGGCGCAGGACCAGGUUAUGGAGGAGCGGCAGGCGGCGGCGGAGGCACGCGCGGCGGCGGCGGCGCAGGUGGCGGCAGCGGCGGCGGCGGGCGGCGCGGAGCUGUCCUUCCUGCGAGAGCAGCUGGAGGCUACACAGGACGACCUGCGGCGUCAGCGCGAGCGGGCUGCGGGCCUGGAGCUGCGCUGCCGGCAGCUGGAGGAGGAGCGGGAGCGGGCGGAGCGGCAGCGCGAGGCGGCGGAGGCGGCGGUGCAGGCGCAGCACGCGCAGCUGUCGGCGGCCGCGGUGCAGCAGGACGCACUGGUGGGGCGGCUGUACAGCGGCCAGCGCGCGCGGGAGGACGCAGAGGUGCUGCAGGCGCAGAUCCGCAGCCUGCAGCAGCGGCUGGACGAGGCGCGUGCCGCCGCCGCCCGCACCGAGCCGCUGGAGCGGCAGCUGGCGGCGGCAAGGGAGGCCAAGGAGGAGGCGGAGUCCCGCCUGGCCGCCGCCACCGCCUCCGCCUCCGGUCGCGAGGCGGCUCUGGAGGAGGCGCGGCGGCGGCUGCGCGAGCUGGAGGCCUCCACCACCAGUGCGGUGGCCAGCCGCCAGGUCACCAUGGAGAAGCUGUCGGCCCAGUCCGGCGAGCACCGGGCGCUGGUAGAGGAGAACGCCAAAAUGAUGGACCACCUGGCUCGGCUCGUCAAGGAGAAGAAGGCGGCGGAGGGGCAGGUCCAGGACCUGUCGGGUCAGGUGCUGGCGGCGCAGCAGGAGGCGGCGGCGGCGCGCGCCGAGGCGGCGGCGGCGCGCGAGCAGGCAGCGGCGCUGCGGGACAGCAAACCCAUCCACGACGCCACGCUGGCUGCCCACGGCCUGCGCUCGGAGCUGGAGGAAGCCAAGGCGGCGCUGCACUCCACCCGCGCCUCCUACGAGGCGGCGCUGGAGUACAACGAGACGCUCAUCCGCACGCUGCGCAAGACGGGCAUGCCUGUGCCGCAGUCGGUGCACGUGGGAGAGGUCACGUCGCGCAUCAGCAUCCUGCAGGACCAGCUGCGGCGCGAGAGCGAGCAGGUGGCCUCCAGUCGCGCCGAGGCGGGCGGGCUGCGGGAGGCGCUGGGCGACACGCGGGCCGAGCUGGAGCGGUGCAAGCGCGAGCUGCAGUCCAACACCGACACCUACGCCCAACUGGAGCAGCAGCUCAGCUCCUCGCUGCAGGAGUGGCAGCAGACGGCGGCCCGCGACGCCGCCGCCAUUAGCGAGCUCACGUCGGAGCGAGACAAGCUCAGGCUGGAGGUGCACUCGCUGCAGAUGGCCGGGACAACGGAGGUGGACGAGAUGGCCCGCAAGGUGGCGCGGUUCGAGGUGAAGGCGGAGGCGCUCGGGUCGUCCAAGCGGGAGGCGGAGGAGCGGGCGCGCGGGGCGGCGGAGGAGCUGGGCCGCACACGCAAGGCGCUGGCAGACAUCGAGAUGCAGUUGGAGACGGCCAAAAUGGCUGUGGAGGACGCGCGCACCGCCGCCGCCGACGCCGAGGCGGCGCGCAAGGCGGCGGAGGCCCGGGCGCUGGAGGCGGAGCGGGAGCGGUCCGAGCUGAGGGCCAAGCUGGAGGGCAGCGAGGAGGCGCUGGCCAGGAUCAAAGCUGAGCUGAAGGAGCUGCAGGACAAGUUCGACUUCCGCCAAAACGAGUACGACCAGUUGUAUGUGUACUGCGAAGAGGUGAUUGCGGAGAAGGACUCUGCGGCGCAGCAGCUCGAGGGCGUCCGGGCGGCGCUGGCGGCGGCGGAGGAGUCUGUGCAGCAGCUGGGCGGCGAGGUGGACGAGCUGCGUGAGGCGCUGGCGGACAGGGAAGCCAAGCUGGCCGUGAAGCCCAAGAUGGCGGAGCUGCAGUACCGCGUCAACGACUUGACCAGUCAGUUGGAGGAGCUGGGCAGGAGGCUGGCGGCGGUGGAGGCGGAGAGGGACGACACAGCGCGCAAGCUGCAAGAGGAGACGGAAGCACACUUCAACACCGACGGGCGUCGUGUGCGGCUGGGAGAGGAGGUGGAGCGGCUGCGAGGCAUCCUGCGAAUGUACUCCAUUCCCUUCUAGCAUGCAUCACGGCGGCGGCUGCUCCUUGCCGUUAGGUGACUGGCUGCUGCUGGCUGCGGCAGAUGCGGCCGCGCGAGGCAGAGGAUGGGGCGAUGGUUCCGAGUGCAGCCGCAGCGCCUCGGCGCACGCGAGGGAACCUGAUGUGCGCGGCGCAUGGCGGGUGCGGGGGUUGCGUGGUGUCCUGGUGCCUGGUUGCCGUCAUGCGGUAGGGUGCGCGACGCCGGUGCGCAUUUUGGCUGUGUGAGUGCCUGUGUUUGUGGUUUAUGGGACAGGAGACUGGAGUGCUAGUGAGGGGAGGUAACGGCACGACAGAUAAAAUUGGACUGCCCUAACGCCAGCACAUGUGAGACCGAGGCUGGACUGUUGAGCGUACUACGCACAGUGUGCGUGCAGAGCCAUGCAUAGAGCUCGGCGAGCUCGCAAGCAUGAUAUUUAUCCUAAAACGGAAG